ACCCACACGAGCCGGGUGACUAGCUGCCGCCGCCGCCCGAACGAGAGGCAGAGGCAGAGCGGGUCCUCACACCGCAGCCAUGGGGAGCCGCGUGUCCCGAGAGGAGUUCGAAUGGGUCUACACGGACCAGCCCCAUGCCGCCCGGCGCAAAGAGAUACUAGCAAAGUAUCCAGAGAUAAAAUCCUUGAUGAAACCUGACCGCAACCUGAUCUGGAUCAUAACCAUGAUGCUUCUUGUCCAGUUGGCUUCAUUUUACUUAGUCAAAGACUUACAGUGGAAAUGGGUCAUAUUUUGGUCCUAUGUUUUUGGCAGCUGCCUUAACCAUUCUAUGACUCUGGCUAUCCAUGAGAUUUCCCACAAUUUCCCCUUUGGCCACCACAAGGCACUGUGGAACCGCUGGUUUGGAAUAUUUGCUAACCUCUCUCUUGGAGUUCCAUAUUCGAUUUCCUUUAAGAGAUACCACAUGGAUCAUCAUCGGCACCUUGGAGCUGAUGGCAUUGAUGUUGAUAUUCCUACCGACUUUGAGGGCUGGUUCUUCUGUACCACUUUCAGGAAGCUUGUCUGGGUUAUCCUUCAGCCUCUCUUUUAUGCUUGUAGACCCCUGUUCAUCAAUCCCAAACCAAUUACCAAUCUGGAAAUCAUCAAUGCUGUGAUCCAGAUCACUUUUGACAUUAUCAUUUAUUAUGUUUUUGGAGUGAAAUCUUUAGUCUACAUGUUGUCAGCCACCUUGCUUGGCCUGGGUCUUCACCCAAUUUCUGGGCAUUUUAUAGCCGAACAUUACAUGUUCUUAAAGGGAUAUGAAACAUACUCCUAUUAUGGGCCUCUGAACUUACUCACCUUCAAUGUGGGCUAUCAUAAUGAACACCAUGACUUCCCUAACGUUCCUGGGAAAAACCUGCCCAUGGUGAGGAAGAUCGCAAGUGAGUACUAUGAUAACCUCCCGAACUACAAUUCCUGGAUCAAGGUGCUGUAUGACUUUGUGACGGAUGACACAGUAAGUCCCUACUCACGGAUGAAGAGGCCUCCGAAAGGGAACGAGGUUCUGGAGUAAAUACCAUCACACCCAAAGGAAUUCCUUUGAAUGGCUUCAAAAUAGGUGAUAAAAUGGAGUUUUUAUCUCGUUAAGCUUAAAGUCAGUGAUGCUCAGAAGCUAUGCUGGCUAAUUUCCACCUAGGAUCUCGGUGUCAUCAGAGGCUCCUCAGCCUUCAGACAGCCCGACACUCACUUGUGGCUACUGCACUUGCUCACCUGUACUCACUCGAUCUGUUACUGUUACUGAGGGUGUUUUUACUCAUGUCUGUCAUACUGUAAGCAAACCAUAAAAAGCUUAUGUUAUUUUUCACUAUAAAGCUUUACUUUAUUAAAGCACCUAAUAAACUGAACUGUUAAUUAUA